AUGGCGGGGGAGACUUUUACAUCAGACAGGGCUACAUCUAGUAAUUUACAUAACUAUUUAAAGGUAAAAAUUCUGAUCCAGAGAGGGCUUGUUAUCUACGUAUGCUUCUUCAAAGGUGCUGAUGAGGAUCUUGUUCCAAAAAUUGUCAAUAUGCUGUUGAAUGUUCAAUUAAGUGAAAGUGAAAGUGGCAAGUACGUUUCUGUUCUUGAUUUACCAGGAAACGUGCUAAUCAUACCUCAAGCUACACUAGGUGGUAAACUGAAGGGAAAAAAGAUGCAGUACCAUGCCAACAUUGAAAAAGAAAAAGGGCUGGAACUUUAUUCUCAAUUUGUGACUCUGUGUGAAAAGGAACUGGCUGCCAAUGCCAAAUGCACAGAAGCAGGUGUUUUUGUUAAGCAUGGCACAUAUGGAAACAGACAGGUGUUAAAACUGGAUACAGAUGGACCUUUCACUCAUCUGAUUGAAUUUUGAAAAAAUAAAUGAUAUCCUGGAUACAG